CCGAGCAUCUGGCGCUGACAUCGCUUGACCACAUCAAGGCCUAUCAUAUUUCCAGCUGGCUUGAUGCCAUGACCAGCGAAGGGCUCUCAGCUCCUACCGUGAAGCAACGUCUCGCCGCGUUGAACGGGUUGAUGGAAUCGCUGCUGGCUCAGCGCAUUAUUGCGGUGAACCCCGCCCGGCUCGUCCAGGGGCCACGCCACGUCAUCAGCAAGGGACGCACCCCCGUUCUAACGGGCGAUGAAGUGGUCCAAUUGCUUCACGCUAUCGACGCAAAUCUCCUUAUCGGCAAAAGGGACAAGGCCAUGAUCGGCGUCAUGGCUUACAGCUUUGCCCGCAUUAGUGCCGUUACCUCGCUCCAUGUCGAGCACGUGUUUCACCAAAAGCGCCGUUUGUGGCUGCGCCUUCGCGAAAAAGGCGGCAAGGCGAAGGACAUUCCAUGUCACCACCAGCUCGAAGCCUACCUCGAUGAUUGGCUUGAUGCUGCAGGGCUUCGCGGCGAUCCCACGGCACCGCUUUUCCAGACCUUUGCACGCAACGGCAAACGGCAAUGCACCGACCAGCACGCGAUGUGUGACGAUGUCGGACCGGCGCCUCGGAAAACUCUACGUCGCCUCUCAGGUAAUCCGAUGUCGCAAGCAAUGACCUGGGAGAUGUUGCAACGUCGCAAGAGGUCCGCAGGUCUCGAUACCGCGAUCUGCAAUCAUACUUUUCGUGCAACUGGCAUUACGGCCUAUAUCAUCAAUGGUGGUGCAAUCGAGCGCGCCGCCAAUAUCGCUGGUCAUGCGUCCAUCAACACGACAAAGAUCUACGAUCGCCGCUCAGAUGAUGUAACGCUCGAUGAGAUUGAAAAAAUUCGCUUCGCAUAGAAAUGCGCCGGCCAAUCGCCCAAUCGAUGCAAGCGAUCGGCUCCGACUUAGAGUCUGUCCGGCACGCCGCUCUUCACCGAACCAGAAGCCGAUUGGCCCUGAUCAG